AUGCUACCAUUUCUCUGUGCGGUGUUUGUCGUUGUAAUUAUACUACUACUCGCCAGAUUACGCAAACCUAAUGCAUCAACACAACGAUGUGCGUAUGUGAUUGUCCUUGGCGAUCUUGGUCGAAGUCCACGUAUGUGUAAUCAUGCGAUUCAAUUCUCCAAACAUCGAUUCAAUGUUAAAUUGAUUGGUUAUGCGGAAUCGGAACUUAGUCGCCAUAUUACUAGUAAUCAAAAUAUCGAGAUAUGUCCUCUCAAACCAUUUCUUCAAAUCGAAGGUUUACCAGCAGUAGCAGUAUACGCUUUUAAAAUCCUCUGGCAAUUCGGUACCCUUCUUGUGCGUCUAUGUCAAUUGCCAAAACCUGAUGUUAUCUGUGUUCAAAAUCCACCAUCGAUUCCAGCGAUGUUCACCGCGUUGAUAAUUGCGAAAGUUCGAGGUGCACGGUUAAUUGUCGACUGGCAUAAUUAUGGAUAUUCGAUGUUAGCACUAAAACAUGGUGCAAAACAUUGGAUUGUUCAACUUUGUCAACGUUAUGAGUUCUUUCUUGGACAAUUAGCGAAUAUCAACCUGUGUGUGUCAGAAACCUUUGCGCAGAAUCUCAGUGUACACAUGAUCAAAGCAUCGGUUUUAUACGACAAACCAACAAACCAGUUCCACGUUCUUACUAACGAAGAAAAGCAUCAAAUUCUUAUUAAAAUGUUUACCAAAUACAAAUAUACACAAUUUCAAGGAGAAUCAGAGGAGUCAUCGCGAUUUAUUCACGAAGAUAAACAGAACAAUAUUGUUUUUGCACCUGAUCGACCAGCUAUUGUUGUUAGCAGCACAAGUUGGAGCGAAGAUGAAAAAUUCGAAUUACUAUUCGAUGCUUUGAAAAGAUAUGGUUCACAUGAAAAAACAAAAUUGCCAUCGAUUGUUUGUAUUGUUACUGGGAAAGGUCCGUUAAAAGAACAAUUCGUCGAUAAACUCGAACGUGAACGUGCUCAAUAUCCACACGUGGAGUUUUGUUUUCCUUGGCUUGACGCUGAUGAUUAUCCACGAUUGUUAGGCUGUGCGGACAUUGGUAUCAGUCUUCAUCAAUCAUCGAGCGGAUUCGAUUUGCCAAUGAAAGUUGUCGAUAUGUUUGCUGUAGGUGUUCCAGUUUGUGCAGUUCACUACGAUUGCAUUGGUGAAUUGGUCAAACGUGAUCAAAAUGGAGUGAUUUUUGAAGAUGCUGACGAUCUUUGUGAACGAUUAGAAAGUCUACUGCACGGUUUUCCAGAUAAUUGUCCGAAGCUGAACAGUUUGAAAACUAAUUUGAUAGCUACAUUACCGAAUGAGAAUUGGUCAAAGGAAUGGGAUUCCGUCUUGAAACCAUUACUCAACUUAUAG